UGCAACAUUGAGUUUUUAUUGUCAUUCAGUCGUUAUUUAUUAUGACUUUUUUGUGAUGUUUAUUUUAUGAAAAAUAAUUAUAAAUGCACUUGUUACACCAUUAAAUUAAAACUGAAAAAACAGUAUGAAAUACAAAGGCAUCGAAAAAAGUGUAUGUAAAAGUGCAUAGCUGGGAUACAAGAUAACCUUGUCGCCAACAGCCUUGGUAAUAUUGCUGCGUCGUUAGCAGAAUCCUCGCCGCCACAUGAAUCUGGACAACUUGGAUAAGGCGCUGCACGAUUUGGGCAUGCUGAGCGCUAUAACGGAGGCCCGGCGAGACUACUUACACGAGUCCAAAUCUAAUUACGGUAUGAUGCGACUGAACACGCGCUACGUCUCUAACGUCACCGUGGGGUAUUGCAUGAAGCGAGUUACCAACAAAAACAGACUGUGUCCUUACGUGUUGCCAAUGCGGCAUAGAACGAAGAGCGAAAACUCUGACGCGAUCGCCACCGACAUGGCGGACAGCGGGCGCGAUUACUUAAACACCCUUCUGGAGCCUUCUACGAGUGGAUGCAGCAGCACGUUCGAUAGUGCCAAGUGCCCCGCGAAGCGCUGCCAGUCCCUCGAAAACCUCAACAUCUCUGUGGAACCUCAGCCUAGUCCAGACACCCCUGAACUGGAUGGAGUGUCAACACGCAUUCAGAAGCUUCAAGUUGAUGAAUGACGAACCUCUCCGCCACAUUGUCGUGUGACGCCACUUAAUUAUAACAUAAAAUAAGUUGGAAUGAUCAUGGGUAGCAAAUAGUAUUUACAAGUAGUAUGAAGUGAUGCAAGUAAUUAAUGUUAAAUUGUAUUUUCAGUGUACUUGUAUGAUAGCAUGGAUGAGUAGUGGGUGUUGUUAAUGUUCCUAGUAAUUUCUUGGUGUAAUUGGUUAAUUUAGUAUGGUAUUGCCUCAGUGAGUUUAUUGCUGUCAAGGAAGUCUGUUUGAGUCCUCUCUCCUAAGCAUUUAACUAAAUUUGCUCAAAAAAAUGGAAUGGGUACAAAUUAUAGGGAUAUGAAAUGUAAAUUAUUUUGUAUCCACUUUUAGGUAAUUGUUUGAUAAAAUUUAUUGAGUUUGUUGACUUGGGGAGUUUGUGAUGUGUCCUAACAGUUUAUGGUUACCUUUAAUAAGUACCACCUAUGAGAGUUGUUAAGAACAAAUAUUUUGUGUUCUUUCUAAGUCACAGAUGCACUUCCUAUUACCAUGCACUUGCAGCUUAUUUUAUUAUGGAGGGGUUUGGUGUAGUGUUAAAUAUAGAGAUAUAUUAGAAAUAUUAUUUUUUGGUGUAUACUAUAAACAAUGUAGUAUUAUCUAAAUAAUCUGAUUAAACCAUAAGUGUUGAUCACAGUUAGCCAAAAGUUGUCUAUGAAUUUCACAUUUUUCUGUGAAUCUAUAUUGCAUGCUUUGACCAGUGUUAUUUCUUCACUGUCCCUAAGUCAUAAUUCAGUCUUUUGUUAAUGAACAAAAGCAUUGUGAUAAUGACCACUGGACUAAGUACAAAUUUAGUACAUUUUUCACUAUUUAUCACAUAAAGAAAGCCUACUGUCUAUGCUUAUGUUAAGAAGCACUAAAAACGGUACAAUCUUCCUAAUCUGACACUAAUGCAGACACAAGAAGGAUAAAUUCUGAUUACUGGAAGUUAGAGCAAAUCAGCAUAUUAUGUUGAUAUGUUUUAUACAUAUACACAUAGUAAAUUAGGACAUAAGAAUCAUCAUUUGUGCCCCAAUUUUAGUGCCGGACCAUCAAAGUGCCAGAUUAUUAAGAUUUCACUGUAUUGAUAUAAUAUUACAGAGUGAAAGAGAAUGUGUCAAAUUAAGAGCUUUCGCCUUUAUAAAGGCUUAAUGCUGCCUUUCCACUGAGACAGAGAUGAGAGGAGACAUGUCAACUGCUGGAUCACCACCAAUAGCAUUGGUUGUAAUCCAGCAGAGAAGAGAAAACAACCAAUACUCUUGGUUGAUUCCUGCUCAUCUCUCAUCUCGCGUCAGUAGAAAGGCAGCCUAUCAUAUGUACAUACAGUAACACUCUUAACCGUCCAUUAGUGUAAUAAGGUCCACCAAUGGACAGUUAACAGUGUGGGCGAUGGCACUGAUUAGUUGUUAUACGAAAUAUCAUUUGAUAUUUAGAAGUCACUUUUUGGUGAACGAAAACAUUGUGAGGAAACCGGAGUAAUCCCAAUGAGGUCUAGUUGCCUCUCUGUUUGGGUCAUUCUGGGGAUUAGUUGACAAGCAGACCCCAAGCUCUAAUGAGCCAUCGCAAAAAGCUGGGAUAACGCAAGGAAGAUGAGUUAUUAUGCUUGCAAAGUGGCACUUUUUAAGUAAAAUAAAUAAAAAACAGAAUAUCCAAAUUAUUUUAACAAAGCAGAAGUUUUAUUAUAAGACUGUGUAGAUCUCAUUUUGUUACACAAUCUUUUAAAAAAUAUUAGCUAAGGCAUAACCUUGUGUGAAUAUUUUCUAUACAUAGAUAUAACCCACAUUGCUUUUGUGACUUAGAGAUACUUAACUUUGUUAACAAAUUUUGUUAUUUUUUCUUAUUUAAUAUUUGAAUAAAUAUUGCUUUAAAUAAUU